UUUGCUGGUAUUUUUCAAAUCUUGAGGGAUCUAAGGAGUAGAUCAUGUCAGCUAGGUCCGGAUGAGUUUGUCAAUAAAUAUGGCUGUGAUGAGAAGGACUGCAUCACAUCGAUAAUCACUGACGUUCAUCAGUUCUUUCAGCAGCCGAAAUCAAGUUCACAAAGGCAAACUAAACUAAUCAACAUGAAGCUUCUGCUCGCAUCCAUUGCCGUUCUAGCCGUGGUAGUUCACGGCUUAGAUGAAAAUGUGUGUUGUCCAUGCCCUCAGUUCUGGCUUCCAUUUAACGGGAACUGCUACCGUUACUUCGGGGAGCGGGUCACUUGGGUAGCGGCUCGUGAUCGCUGCAGGGAUCACUACUCCUUGAAUGGACGGGCUGAUUUAGUAUCCAUCCACACGGAACAGGAGAACGCCUUCGCUUACGACCUUUUCCGCUCUUCUGCAGGCAACACACCGUCGGGUGGGCCGCCAUACUAUGGGGCUUGGAUCGGUGCCUAUCAGUCAACAUCAGGCUCAACUGGACCUUUCAUUUGGACUGAUGGAUCCGGUCUAGACUUCGAGCAAUGGUUGACUCGUCAGCCCGAUAACCAUGGUAACAGAGAGGACUGCGCCCAUUUCUGGCGUAGGAACGCAGGAGAUGAUAUCCUCCAGUCUUGGAACGACAUUGUCUGUGGAGUGGACUUGCCUUUUAUUUGUAAGGUGGCCCCAAAUUAGAAAUCCCGAUUCGGCUAUACCCUGAAUUCGAAGCUUCCUUGAUAUAUCUGUAAUUUCAAUUUUGAAUCCUUUGACAAAUUUCUUGAAAACCUUGGAAACUAGUAGUGAUAGCAGUGUAGAUUAACAAACUUGGGCUAUUUUCCAUAUUGCAUAAAGUCGGUCUUUUUCGUCUUUGUUUAAUUGCACGAGAAAAAUUGACAGUGUGGAAAAUUUUACAUAUAAUUUUCUAUUUAUUUUGGUAUACAAACUGCACUACAAUAUUAAACGAUAAGGGCUCCUUCAAAGUUUCCUCCGUAUUAACCAACCGCGGUUUUGGGGAUGUGUAUAGGCACUUAAAGCCCUUUAAAAUACAUGUUUAAAGUACGUUUCUGGAGGCAAUUGGGAAAUGUUGAUUACAAAGUAUUUCAGAAUUACUGCAUACGUUUAGGUUAUGGAAUCAUCAAAAUGAUGGAAAAAGAGACUCGAUUUUAGUCACGUUGAGUGCUCACAUAAAUGUGUAUAUGGGACACGCACGUUUGGCUUGAAAGUUUGGUUCAAUAUUGUUAGUUAUAUACCUCACUUAAGAAAUCCAGC